AUGGACGACGACAACGACGUGCUCGGAGCCUUCAGGCGCCUGCUCCCCCACCAGAGGAAACACGUCCUGGCCCUUCUCCCCGCAGAGCUGACGCCCUACGAGUGGAGAGCCCUCCAUGCCAUCACCAGCCGCCGCUCCUUCCACGCCGACAUCGUUGGCCGUCUGCCCCUCGAGCUGGUCGCCACCAUCUUCACCUACCUGGACCCAGCCGCCCCCUAUCGCCUGCAAGCCGUCUCCAGGCCAUGGUCCCAUCGUCUCCGCAGCCCGCACGUGACCAAGGCCAGCCUCCAUGCCUGGUACCAGGGCACGCUCAGCCUCCACCACGCCCAUGAUGCAUUCUGCGAAAAGACUGCCCGCCGCAUCCAUGCCUUCCGCACCGGCCAACCAGAAGCUGUCUGCGAGAUACUAUUGGACAAGCCCUGCCGCAAACCCACACUGGCUGGCCACCAUUUCAUCUGGACACAAAACUCGGCAACCGGAAGCUGUGCCCAUAUACUCGAUUUGCACGCCUGGAAGCUCCGCAGCAUAGCCGGAGACGCACGUGAACAGUUUUGCGACGUCUUUGCCUCGGACCACAUUGCACUUCUCACAACCUUUGCCCUGAGGGCUUACGUCGUCGACCUCCGCACCACCAGCAAGCCCAAGACCUUCACCGUGCCAUCCAGAACAAUCAUGACCGAUGUGGUUUGCCGCGGAAGGACUGUUGCAUGCGUGGGAUCCUUCCCAAAACACACAACCGUCUUCAUCUGGGACUUCGACACGCAGCGGGGAAGAUCGUUUGACAUCAAGCAUGAGUCUGACCCGCUUUUCCAUGGAUAUUGCCCAGAAAUGCGGCGCAUGUGCCCUUUUGUACAACCUGAUUCGGAAACAGUCAUCCUAAUGUUUGUCAUCGACAUUCCUAGAGAUGACAUGCCGCAGCAGAGCCAGCUGGUAGUCGCCAAAUACACAUAUCAAGGGGAGCGUAUCAGCAUCUUUCGCCCAAGCCUCCCCGACAUCGACCAAAUCCCACAGUGGCCGAGCUCUAGACGCUUUGUCCCACGAGACGAUUUGGGCUCCGUCUUCACGACCCAUGUGCUAAUGAAGCGACGCGGAGACCAUGUUCUCGAGGCCGAGUAUUUUUUGCUUCAGUUUGAUCAAAAGACUCUCGACUUGAGCGUAUGCGAGCUGUCCAAACUUCGCACUCGCGUGCCUCUAGAUGGUCUCACUGACUCAACAGCAUGGUGGAAAGACACUUGCUACGGAUUCCGAUCCGACACAGGAGACGCCAAAGGAGACAUGAUUGCCUACAUGGGUACUCGUGACGCAGAAGCCUAUGUUCCAUACGUUUGCGAACCUAGGGAAAUCGUCUUCGAGAAACCUCCGUUGCAUGAGCCUAUACAGCUAAACGAGCACUAUGUCAUAAGAGUUGCACAUUAUGCAGUCUAUCUGCUAACCUUCCAAGAGAAUCGCAAUCGGCCAAGGGGCGGCGAGUUUUUUGGUCUCGGGUACCUUAAUAACCUUGCUCUCGGCGAACUCCGAGAGAAGAAUUGCCCAACCGCGAAGUAA